CUCAAGAAAAAAAAAAAAAAAAAGAUUCGGAGGGAGAGAAAACACAAAUGGCGCCCGCAGCUUCUCGCGAUGCAUUAUCCUCUGCCUCUUCCACCCUUCAAUCCGAAAUCAGCCUGCAAUCCCUCUUACCCGCAGCUCGCCCGCUCCUGCGCGCAGAACACAACUCCCUCGACGACAAACUGCCUUCACUGCUCUCCUUGCUCCACUCGGCGGGAGCGGGGGAGUGCUGGCACAAGCACGGGACUUUCGUAGAACACCUCUACGGCACCUAUCGAAUGCUCAAGCUGUGGGGAUCCCCUGAAGCCGUCUGCCGAUGCGGCCUCUUCCACUCCACUUACUCCAACGCCUACGUCAGCCUCGCGCUCUUCCCGCACACCGAGUCCAGCCGGGCCCAACUCCGGGCCCACCUUGGCCCGGACGCCGAGCGGCUCGUCCACUUCUUCUGCUCGGUUCCGCGGCAGAAGCUGGUGUUCGGCCGGAUCCUGAUGGGUUACGACACGGCGGGGCAAAUCGUUGAACACCUGGCGGCGUCCCAACUCUCGCUACGAAAUGCGAGGGAGGGGAUCGUUGUCGGCGGGGUGACUGUGGAGAACAUAAAGACUGGAGAAGAAAUCACUCUGCCACGGAGAAUCGUGGCGCUUCUGCUGUUGUUCACGCUCGCCGAUUUUGCUGACGAGCUCUUCAGCUUUCAAGACGAGCUGUACGAGAAUUUGGACGGUAGACUAGACUUUUCGGGCAAUAGUGCCACCCCUUUAUGGCCAGGGGCAGGAAAGCCAGGGCUAUGGGUUAACUUAAUUUCAAGAAUUGCUGCCAUCUACAACCUACUAGUUCGAGAAGAAGAGAUUUUCAUGGAGGAAAGAAGGUCUGGUGGAAUUUCGGUGGACAAAGAACGAGAUGAAAACAUCGAACUCGUGGUGCCGCCGAUUUUCGACGGAUGCAGGAAAAUUGUGGAUGCAGGCGACCAAAUCAUAGCCAGGGACAUGUAUUGGGAAGCUGUUUGUGGAAAUGCCUCAGAGAAUAAUGAUUGCAAAGCGGAGGAGUUGUUGGUCAAGAGUCUAGAGAAGAACCCAUUUUUAGGGGAUCCGCAUCUGGUGUUGGCGCAGGUUUACUUGGCGAAAGGGCGGUUCGAGGCGGCGGAGGUGGCGGCGGAGAAGGGUCUGAAGCUGCUGCUGGAGUGGGGAACGGCGUGGGAUAAGAGGGUUUCUUGGGAAGGAUGGGUGGGUUGGGGUAGGGUUUUGGUGAUGAAGGCUAAAGAGAAGUCGUGGCCAAAGACUUCAUGGGGCAUCCGCAGCUUGGGGCUCAUUAGGUGAUCGUAAAUUGGACUUUGAUUACUCGUGCUGCUAUCUUCCAUUUCCUCAUCUCUUUGUAUUCUUCUUUGUAACAUCUCCAUUCCAUGAAGUUUCAAGUCAGUUAAUAAAUGCGUAAUUAAAUU